GCGUGUGUGUGUGUGUGUGUGUGUGUGCGUGUUUCAGUAGAUGGCGUGCUGUUCUCGUCUUCGAUCUCCCCGUCUGUCCUUCCUGCAGACGCUGUUCUCUCUCCUCCUGUCGUUCACCUCUCUGUUUGCGUCUAAUUGGUGCUCGGGGGUCCAGAAGGUUCCGAAGCCGCUGUGUUCUCCUCUGCGCCAGCGCACCUGCACGCCGUCUGACCUGCUGACCAACGGCUCCGCCCAGUUUACCUGGGAAACUGGCGACGACCGCUUCAUCUUCCCCACCUUCCACGCCGGGAUCUGGAGCUGCUGUGAAGAAAACAUACACAAGGAUGAAUGGGAAGAGAAGUGUCGCAGUUUCAUGGCUCUGACACCUCCAUCAGAGAAAGGGAUUUUCUGGCUGUGUGUGCUGAUGGAGUUGAUGUAUAUUAGUUUGUUGUGUAUCAGUUGUGUGUUGCUGAUGGUUCAGUUGAGUUUCUCUGUGUGGAAGCCCUUGCUUCAUCACUGGGGAGAAUUAUUGAACGCUUAUGCUGCUGUGUUCACUGUACUGGGAGGUCUAGUUGGAAUGGUAGGUCACAUGAUGUUCAUGCAGGUGUUCCAGGUGACAGCGUCCAGCGGACCGGAGGAUUUUAAACCACACCGUUACGGAUACUCCUGGGCCUUUUACGUGGCCUGGGUGGCCUUCACCUGCUGUAUGAGCGCCGGAGUUUCCACUCUGAAUAAUUACACCAAGAAAGUGCUGAUGUUUGGGACAAAGCCAAAGCCUGACUUCUACCCCUUGACGCCAUUCUAUUACCCCCCGGUUCCUCCCCCUCCUCCUUCCAUUCCCCCUCCAUGCCCUCCUCCGCCUCCCCCUCUCUCCCCGCUCUCUCCGUACUUCUGCCCUCCGUCUCCUCCUCCCUCUUUCCCUCCUGCCCCUCCAUCUCCACACAACCUCACUCAUCCCUCUCUCUCUCCCCUCCAUUCACCUCUCUCACCUUCUUCUCCUCUCUCUCCUACUCCUUCCAUUACUCCCUCCAUCUCUCCCUCCAUCCCUGCUCUCGCUUUCUCUCCUCCUCAGCCGUUAGAUGAAGAAUAUAGCUCCCUGUAAUACUUUUGAUUUUUUACCUGUAAUUGUGUACGUGAGAGAAAAA